AUGACUGAAGAAAAAAUAUCUGAAUGGGAUACAAAGAGGUAUAUCCCAAAGCCGGGUGAGCCAGAUUUGCCUCCUCAAUUGUCUGAACUUGCAGAUAAGUCUGCAGAUGAAGUCAUGAAAGAAUUGAAUAGAUUGCCAUUAUUCAUGACAGAAUUAGAUGAAACUGAUGGUGAAGGAGGAGAAAAUACUAACUUAGAGGCACUUAAAAGUUUAGUAUAUGAAGGUGACCCUGACGAAAUUGCUACAAAUUUUAAAAACCAGGGAAAUGAUUGUUACAAGGCUAAGCAAUACACCACAGCAGUGGGUUACUAUACGAAGGGUUUGGAAAUUGACUGUGGUGUUGACUCAAUUAAUUCUGCAUUAUACUUGAAUAGAGCAGCUUGUAAUCUUGAAUUGAAAAAUUAUAGAAAAUGUAUUGAUGAUUGCAAAAAUGUUUUACUUCUAGACGAGAAAAAUGUUAAGGCAUGCUACAGAUCUGGUAAAGCUUUCUUUUGUGUUGAAAGAUUUGAAGAAGCGAAACAAAUAUUACAGUAUGGAUUAACUAUCGAUGCUGAUAACAAGUCUCUUAAAGAUACUUAUCAACAAGUUGUUGAUAAAGAAGAAAAAAUUGCAGCUGCAAAACUCAAAAAGCAAAAAGAAGAAGAAGAGAAACAAUUGAAACAAGUUUUACUAGUAAAUGCAAUCAAAUUAAGACAUAUAGAGAUAUUAAAGAGUGCCAGGCCAGCAGAAUUACUCGAGGAUGCUAAAAUACGAUUAGAAGAUGCAAUGGAUCAUGAAUCACAAUUAAUUUUCCCAGCAAUGAUCUUGUAUCCUACCACUGAUGAAUUCGAUUAUGUUGCAGAAAUUAGUGAAUUGAGCACACCAACAGAUAUCUUAAAGGUUGUUUUGAAUAGACCAAAGGAAUGGUUUGAGGACCCUAAACAUGAAAAUUUCACUCUCAAGAAAUUACAAUGUUACAUGGAAACAGUUUCAGGCGGAUUGGUUAAAGUUGGUAAGAAUGUGGCAAUUAAUAAUGUGCUAAUGUCAGAUAAACCAAAGGCGCCAUUAUUUGACAACGGUUUAAGGUUAUACGUCGUCCCAAAAUCUGAUUCAGAAGAGUGGUUAUCUAAAUGGAAUAAGGAUGUUGCGUUAACAAAACGUCAAAGUUUGAAAUAA